UUUACAUUGUGUACUGUGUGGUUCGUUAGUUCAUUGUCAAUUGUGUUUAUUAAAAACGAAGAUAAAAUUGGAGUCAUGACUUCAGAGGAAGGGUUCGUCAAGGCUGGCUCAAAUAACCUACCAUCGGUGGAUAUAUUUAUGGUUAUGGAAUUUAUAAAGAAUGAUGAUAGAUUUAAUGCAGCGGAGAUAAGAGGCAUAAAAGCGGCAGCCGCCGGUCGUGAAGAAUAUGGAGAUAACGCCGUAGGUUACGUUGAGCUGAAGAGAGCAAACUCACUUUGCACACUGCAGUGCAAAAUCUGCCCCGAACACAAAGUACGGGCCAAACAUUAUACCGUUUCAAUGACCGUGGACGAAGCCGAAGAAAAGAUUGUUAAUGUUGAAUGCAAAGAUUGUGCCGCAUCAGCAGGUGGUUGCAAACAUGCACUUGCCUUUUUAAUGUGGGUGCACCGGAGGAGCGAAGAGCCAUCACCAACUGAAAUAACAUCGUAUUGGAAGAAGCCGCGGUUGUCAGCGGUGGGAACGUCUCUGAAAUUCGUAACAGCAGCCGAGUUUCGGAAGACAAGAAAUACUACUCCGGGGCCUAGCGAGGCAGCUACUAUUGUACCGGAACUUACAAAAGCUGCCGAAAGUGCGAAUUUGACAGGGCAUCUUCUAAAAUACACUUCAGACGCAUAUGAGGAUAAAUUUGAAUGUUUGUCAGUAUACAAGCUAAUGUGCAAAUUUGCAGCUGAGGGCGGUUCUGAGUGCAGUGAUUUUUUAAAGUUCGCUACAACUCGCAUGAUACCCUCGGUAUGUACUGAUGCGGCAAAAAUGACUAAGCUGCAGGCCAAAUCGCCACUGUGGCAUGAGUUGCGGUUUGGGCGCAUCACAGCAUCAAAGUUAUACGAGUUUGCACAUUGCAAAACCGCUGAUGGUACGCUGAUAGAAGGGGUAAUAGGUGCAU